AAACCUUAAAAAGAAAAAAGAAUGCUAUUGAAUAUUAUUCGUUCAGGGUCAAAGUGACUUUUGAUUCAAGUGUACAAAAAAGGUUCAUCAGCUGUCAUCGUUAGUUACCAGCUUUUUUUUUUUCUAUUAUUUUCUAUGGCUUACUCUCCUCCCAGGCCAGGUUCAAAAAUCAUCAUUGUAGGCGGUGGAUGCUUUGGAUUAUCUACUGCCUAUGCAUUAUCAUUAAAGCAGCAGUAUGACAUUUAUGUAUUUGAUAGACAACCUAUUCCAUGUCCAGAUGCGGCAUCCACAGAUAUCAACAAGAUUGUCCGUCUGGACUAUGCCGAUAACACACUCUAUAUGCAUCUAGCUAUUGAAUCCCUUUCACUUUGGCAUCAGUGGAAUAAAGAAAGGGCAGAGAAGAAUCAAUGCCCUGUAUUUCACCAAUCGGGUGUACUUCUCUUUGGUCAAGAAGACUUCUCCGACUUUGAAAAGAAGAGCAUCAAGGCGAUUCAAGAGGCAGGCUAUGGUCACUUUAUUGAUGUCUAUUCUUCCCCAGAGGAAAUCGUUCGUGCAUUCCCACAAUUCCAGCAAGCGGUUGAUAACGGCUUCAAGAAAGCCUAUCUCAAUAAACAAGGAGGUUGGUGUAACUCUGCGGAGGCUGUGAAACAUGUCUAUCAAAAAUGUCUGGACAAUGGCGUUCACUUUGUUGUAGGUGAGAAGAGAGGUCACUUUGCUAAACUCUAUUGCGAUCCCAAAAAUCCAGCAACGGUUUUGGGAAUUCAGACGGCUGAUGACAAGAUUCAUCAUGGAGAUCUCGUCUUACUCACCACAGGUUCUUGGACAGCAGGCUUGAUUGAUAUGCACCAUCAGGUUAUUGCCAGUGGACAACAGGUUGUUCAUUUCACACCACCUCCCCAACUAAAAGAGACCUGGGAAAAAAUGCCAGUCUGGUGUGGGGAUCUGUCAAAUACGGGUUACUAUGGCUUCCCAGUUAAUGCGGAUGGUAAAAUGAAGAUUGGCAAACAUCAUUCAGGCUAUCUGAACCCUAGAGAAACGGACCAGAUAUCAGUUCCUCGUACCCAGGUGACACAUGCAUGCGACACUAUUCCUAUUGGUGCACUGCGUGAGUUCAGGCAGUUCUUGGGUAAAUUCCUGCCAGAGACCUCGGCAUUAGACAUUACUUAUGCCAGAAUGUGCUGGUAUUCAGACUCUAUCGAUGGUCAUUUUGUAGUCUGCCCUCAUCCUGACUACCAUAACCUAGUCGUUGCCACGGGCGAUUCGGGACACGCCAUGAAGUAAAAAAAGAAAAAAGAAAAGCUACCAAAAGGGGUUAUAAACAAAUAGGGACUGAUGCAUGAAAUUUUUAUUGUAGGUUUAUGCCUGUCGUGGGAUUCAAGAUCAGGGAUGUUAUUGAAGGUAUCGAUUCAGACUAUACCCGUGCUUGGAAAUGGAGACAGUUAGAAGCACAAGAUACACAACUUGAUAACUUGAGAGCAGCUACGCU